UUAGAAGGUAACUCGAUCGGUAACUCGAACCAAAAAUCAUAUCAAAAUCUGACAGAAUGACUCAGUUCAUCAAGACCUGAAUAUCAUCGGCUUUUGAAUGUGGAAGGAGAAAUGUUUGUCUGUUCUGACUGUGGGGAAAGAUUUCAAACAACAGGAAAAGCACCAAGACACACACAUACCUGAAUGAGAGUGUUCCAGUGCACUGACUGUGGGAUGAGCUUUAAUCAGUUACACAGCCUGAAAACAAACAGAAUCAUUCACUGUGUGGAGAAACCAUACACGCAUUCUGUGUUCUGUGUUUGAACGAGGCUUCAACUGAUUGUCCAACCUGGAAAGACUUAAGGACACAGACACCAUGGAGAAACCAUGGAAAUGUGGGGACAGCGGGAAGGAAUUCAAUUACCCAUCCCAGCUGGAGAUCCAUCGAUGCAGUCACAUCAGGGAGAGGCCGUUCACCUGCACAGUGUGUGGGGAGGGAUUCACAUUAUCAUCCAGCUUACAUAUACACCAGAGGACUCACAGCGGGGAGAAGCCAUUAACUUGCUCUGUGUGUGGGAAAAAAUUCAAUUUUCUAUCCCAGCUGCUGAGACACCAGCUAGUUCACAUUGAUGAGAGGCUGUUUAACUGCUCUGAUUGUGAGAAGAGCUUUAAAAGAUGAGAGGACCAGGUCAAGCACCAGUUUGUUCACACUGAGAGACAGUUCAGUUGUUCUCACUGUGGGAAAGUGUUUAGACAAUCACUGAACCUCAUAAAACACCAACAAGUUCACACCGGGGAGAGGGCAUUCACCUGCACCGUGUGUGGGAAGGGAUUCACUCGACUAUCUCACCUCAGCUCACACCAACUUGUUCACACUGAUAACAGACCUUUCCAAUGUUCUGAAUGUGAGAAGAGCUUUAAAACUGCAGUGAUCUGCUGAGACACCAGCGAGUUCACGCUGAGGAGAGGCUGUUUACCUGCUCCAUCUGCCAGAAGGGAUUUAUUUGUUUGACCAACCUCAAGCUGCACCAGCGAGUUCACUCUGAUAGGAAAUCUUUCCAAUGUUCUAACUGAGAAGAGCUUUAAAACUACAAGGGAUCUACUGAUGCACCAGUGCAUUCACACAGGGGAGAGGCCAUUCACCUGCUCCAUAUGUGGGAAGGGAUUCACCUGUUCAUCCCACCUACUGACACACCAGCAAGUACACACUGGAGAGAGGUUGUUCACCUGCUCCGUAUGUGGGAAGGGAUUCACUGGUCUAGCUCACCCCAAUUCACAUCAACUUGUUCACACUGAUUACAGACUUUUCAAAUGUUCAAAAUGUGAGAAGACUUUUAAAAUCACAGGUGUUCUGCUGAGACACCAGUGAGUUCACACUGUGGAGAGGCCGUUCACCUGCUCCGUAGGGUAUUAGAAGAUUUGAAGACUGCCAGGUUGUUCUCUGACUCCAGUGCUUCUGAUAUCUUUCCAGCUUCAGAAUGCAGCAGGAGAUUUUAAAUUUGAAAACAGUGAAAUUGUUUCAGAGAUGUUUCUCACAGAAUUGAAUCUAAAAGCAGAGAUGGACCAAUUAAGAACUGAUUGGGUGUUGGUUGCAGAGUUUGGCCCCUGGCCUCCAUGGGUAUUAGAAGAGGAGGAUUUGCAGUCGGGAAACUCAAACUAAACAUCAUGUCAGGAUCUGACAGUCUCCCAGUUUAUCGCAAUCUGAAUAUCAUCAUCAGAUAGUGAACAUGGAGGGAAAAAGCACCGUUCACAGCGGAGAGAAACUGAACACGUGUUCUGUCUGUGGGCAAAGCUUCAACUUUUCAUCCAACCUGCAGAGACACAAGGACACCCGCACCACGGAGAAACCAUGGAAAUGUGAGGACUGUGCAAAGGGAUUCAAUUGUCCUGUUAAGCUGGAAUCUCAUUUGGACUUUCACACUGGAGAGAGGCCGUUUAUCUGCUCUGAGUGUGGGAAGGGAUUUACUCGUUCAUCCCAUCUGCUUCGGCAUCAGUAUGUUCACACUGGGGUGAGGCCAUUCACCUGCACCAGAUGUGGAAAGGGAUUCACUCGGAAAUGCCACCUCAUGGCACACCAGCGUGUUCACACUGAGGAGAGACCUUAUAAAUGUCCAGACUGCAGGAAGGGCUAUAAAAGUUCCGGUGAAUUGAUGUACCAUCAACGUGUUCACACUGAUGAGAGACCGUUCAGGCGCUCUCACUGCGGAACUGGGUUCAGGCGAUCAUCUGACCUCACUGAACAUCAGAGAACUCACACUGGGGAGAGGCCGUUCAUCUGCACGGAGUGCGGGAAAGGAUUCACUCAGUCAUCCAGCCUGCUGAGACACCAGCGAGUUCACACUGAAGAGAGACCGUUCACCCGUCCCGAGUGUGGGAUGGGAUUCAGUAGUUCAUCCAACCUGCUGACGCACCAGCACGUUCACACUGGGGAGAGGCCAUUCACCUGCUCAGCAUGUGGGAAGGGAUUCACUCAGUCAUUCAGCUUGCUGAGGCAUCAGCGAGUACACACUGGGGAGAGGCUGUUCACCUGCCCCGUGUGUGGGAAGGGAUUCAUUAGUUCAACCAACCUGCAGAGACACCAGAAGGUUCACACUGGGGUGAGACCUUUUAAAUGCCCAGACUGCAGGAAAUGCUAUAAAAGCUCCCGGAGACUCAUGUCCCAUCAACAGAUUCACGCUGAAUAGAUACCAUUCAGGUGCUCUCAAUGCAGGACUGAGUUCAGGAGAUCAUCUUAACUUGCUGAACACCAGUGAAUCCACACUGGGGAGAGGCCAUUCACCUGCACAGAGUGUGAGGAGGGGUUCAUUAAUUCAACAACCUGCUCAGAUCCAAGCAAGUUCAUGAGUGAUUGGAUUUUGCUGUAAAUAACAUCCAGGAUUGAAUUAUGUUCUUUGUGGUCUGUCUCUGCUGAUGUUAAUAAACUCCACCAUAGUUAUGGUGGUUAAUAUUCUGGAUA